GCAGCUCAAACUUCGAACGUUUCCCUACUCUAGCUACCUUCCAGCACUCAUAAUUCUAAGCUAUGUAUUUCAAAUCCCUUCUCCUCUCUCAGUUCCCCUGCUUCACCUCCGUAACCGCCCAAAGCCCCGGCGACCCGGACUUCUACAACACGGUCGCAGAAAUCUACUCCGGCCCCGGCUGCGCUGAAGAAUACUUCGUCUGGGCGGAUCCCAUUUUCGGUCGCGGAGGCAUGUGCCAGAAGCUCGAUCGGAACGAUAACACGCCGGAUAUUUUAAGUUAUAAAGUUACUUCGCAGUAUCCUGGGUGCUCUGCGACGCUUUAUACGGAUGAUGGAUGUAUGAGCACGCCAUAUCCGGCGCCGGUGGGCGAGUGUGUGCAAGGCGCAGAUGGGGCACCUUUUGUUGUGGCGUUUGUGGAGUGUCCAUUCUCGUAGAAAGUGUGACAAUGGAUCAUGUAACAGAAGGAAGAUGAAAAGCAGAGUAUGUGUGUACACUAAGGUUGGCUUAAAGGCAUCGGAUUCUUACCACCAAUAUCUCCGAAAAAGGAGGCAUCCAUGCCAACGCCUUUGGGGUACUCGGAUAGUAAAUAACCCGUAGUUAGCCGAUACAACAAGCACAUAGCUAACCGUGGU